GUUGAGAGUGGAAGCUUAUCUCUUUCAUAUACUGUGUGAUCCUAUAUAAGCUGCAUGCAUUCCUGAUAACGUCAUAUCCGGCAAGGACACGAUGCGGAGUCGCACAUGUUAUCAAUAAGAUGGGAGCCGGGGAUGCUAUUGACACGGGUGUAACACAGCUUGAGAUAAUACUUGUACAAUACUUAUAGCUAUGGCUGGCCAUACCCCUUCGCAGAAGAAAAUCGAAGGUAGCGACUACAAUGGCGUGGUUCGCGUAGACCAAGAAGAAGGACUUCACAGUUCCGCACUCCCCAACGACGUCUUCGGGAGAGAAGACGAUCAUGAGAUCAAGUACAAGACACUGAGUUGGCCGCUCACGGCCGUCCUGAUGAUCACCGAAAUCAUCUCGAACGGCAUGCUCAGCCUGCCGAGUUCGUUAGAUGCGGUCGGCCUCGUUCCCGGAGUGAUCGUCAUCGCGUUCCUCGGCGCGUUCGCUACUUUCACCGCCUGGCUGCUCGUCGAGUUCAAGCUGCGGCAUCCCGAAGUGCAUAAUAUGGGCGACGCUGGGAAUAUCCUUUUCGGCCCGGUGGGAAGAGAGAUACUGAGUGCGGGAACCGUUAUAUUCGCCGUCUGUUCCGCCGGGUCGCAAAUCCUCGCAGGUCAACUUGCCCUCACUGUCCUGUCUGAUGCGAAACUAUGCGCAACCGCAUUCUCUGGAAUAUUCACCGUCGCAGUAGCUAUAUGCAGCUUUCCCCGAGUCCUCCAUGAUCUUAGUCUAGUCUGGAUAAUCGGCGGGAUAUCCAUAAUAUCUGCUGGAAUUGUAGCGAUGGUAGGUGCUGGGGCCGUUCCCGUCGACCCAGGGAAUAUAGUGAUCGCAAGAUCUAGCGACUUCACGUCGGCUUUUAUCAGUCUCACGAACCCUGUGUUCGCCUACGCCGGCCAUUUCGUAUUCUUCAUUUUCAUCUCCGAGAUGAGAAAUCCGAAAGAUGCGAUGAAGGCAGCAUGGACGCUGCAGAUCGUAGCGACAUCCUUUUACAUAGCUUUUGCCGUUGUCACUUACUGGUAUAUUGGUAAAGGAGUCUCUAGUCCGAGCCUCCUAAGCUUAAGUACGCUGUGGUCCAAAAUCUCGUUUGGGCUUGCAAUCCCCAAUUUCUUCAUCGCAGGGAGUUUGAAUCUUCAUACAGCUGCGAAAUUGGUCUUUGUUCGUCUCUUCAGGCAGAGUCGUCAUAUCCACUCGCAUACCUUUACUGGUUGGGGCGUUUGGACGUUACUUGUUCUUUUGGUUAAUACCGUGGCAUUCCUCUUCGCGGUUGGAAUUCCCAUAUUCAAUUAUUUAGUUGGUAUUGCAGCAUCUAUGUUUGCUGCCUGGUACGCCUAUGGUCUUGCAGGAGCAUUCUGGUUACAUGAUACAUACCACUAUCGUGGAGGAUAUAGUGGAUGGUUUAAGAGACCUAUUAUGUUCACUCUUAAUAUAUUUACCGUCCUCGCGGGCGGGUUCAUUUGUAUUGGUGGAUUGUAUGCAACCAUCUACUCGUUACGAGAAGCGGCAAACGCUGGCGAAUUACCCCCACCGUUUCAAUGUUGAUGCUGAGUAAUUCGGUUGAUAGAUUCCCUAUGGUGCAUAAGUUUGAAUUGGUAGAAAAUACACAUCAAUAAACCGUGUAUACGAAGAACAAAGUUCUUAUUA